AUGCAGCUGCGUCGUUGUGCGCGUGUGCUGUUUCGGUUUUAAACUUCUGAAAAUGAAUUGAGUGCGGCAGUCUGUGUUCGUCUAGAGAGUAGCAGCAGGCAGUUAUUUAGAGGAGAUUUUGUGGAACAUUUAUAAAAGUUUUAACAUAUUUUUAAAUAGAACAAAGUUCAUAGCUAAAUAAAAGAGUGAAAAUGGCUUCAUCAGGUCGAGCAAUAGAGAAAUCUAAGCGAAAUAGUUUGACUUUGGAGCAGAAAGCUCAGAUUGUACAGCUAUUGAAAGAAAGGAAGCACUCAAAGUCAGAUCUUGCCAAGUGUUUCAAUGUGGAUAGAUCAACAAUCAGAAAGAUUGAAAUUCGGCAGCAACAAAUAUUGCAAACGGUUUCCACAGGCAGUAUGUCGGAAAGCUUUAGUCAAAGGAAGUACGUUACUACAGGAAAGUACAGCAACCUGGAGCAAAUCUUGUACGAUUGGUACACUUACAUGUCAGACCAGCAGGGGAUUGUUUCAACAAAUGAAUUGUUAGCCAAAGCAAAGGAGCUUGCUUCAGCUUUGAAUAUUGGUGAAAAUUUCAAGUGCAGUGAGCGCUGGGUUCGUAAUUUUAAGAAACGUUUCGCUUUAUGCCCAACCAAUAGUGAUGCAAACAAAAAUCAUCUAAAGGAUGGUACUUCUGGUAGUUUUGCUUAUUCCAUCGAUGCUAACAGCGCUUUUCACCCUCUUCAUUAUGAAAAUAGUGAUGAUGAAUUUGCAGAGGAUAAUAAAAUUAACAUUGAAGAAGUGAGCCUUGGCGAAGGUGUGAAUCGUCCUAAUAGUUCCGAAAGAAAUGAAAAAGUAAUAGAAAACUUAACUUUUGUGAUUGAGUGGGCUGAAGAAAACCAGAUUGAGUUUAAACACAUACUAAGUUUGAAAGAGAUUCUCGCCCUAGCAGAAAAAAAACAUUGUAGUUGAAAUGCUUGAAUGAAAAUUGUAACACUGUUGAUCAAUUGAUUGUGAAUUUAUUUUAAACAUUGUAAUUGGAGUGAUGUUUUCUGCUAAUAAACAUAAGCGCCACG